AUGAACAGUGCGAGAGUUAGAAUAUUAAAUAUUUUAUUGGCAAGCUUGCUACACAUUAGUUCGGGAUGUCCACACGAAUCAGAAAAUGCAAAGGCUGUAUACAAAUCUGGCGAAAUUCUGGAUCAAGGUAUGCCGAUAACCAUCGACAAUAUUAAAAGGAAAUUGAAAGAGAGCGGCGUAUUCGACUGGCAAGAUCCGACUUUGAACGACCGCGAGAGAAAAGAGUUGACCAAAUUAUUUGAUGCUGUCGAAAUUAUGACGACAUCUAGAGCACGUCAACCCGCGUCGGUACAAAACAUAUUCACAUCCUUACGUCUUGUCGAAAGGGCUAUGAAAAAGCAGUUGAAAGAGGGCCAGAUAUCCGAGACUUUAGCCUCUAAGUUCCAUUGGGAUAAAAUAACUGUGAAACGACACAGGCGAGAAAAACCAUUAUACCAUUUUGACGCAAACACUAACAUGAGAGUAUUUAAUAUUGCCAAU